GAUCCAAUCGCAUACUGGGCGGCGUACAAGCGGUGGCCUCGACAAUACUGUGAACAGGGCGGACACAUGGAGAAGCACAUGCUCGCGCGGAAGAGAUCUGUGUCUGGGCGGAGUAAGAAUGCCUCAGACGUAGGCUCUGCAACACGAAGCUCGUCAGACCAGGGCGGUUCGAAGCGCAGUGAAUACAGCAGCCAGCGGUACGAAGAACUUCUCGAAACCAAAGGCGUCUUCAUGAAGCUGCCAUCGUCCACCAAGGCAAACGAGAAGAGCAGAGAGUUGUGCAAGAUUUUGCGUGAAACGGCGCAAGAAUAUCCUCGAGACACUGGUUUUCGGGAUGAUCUCUUCGAGGCUACAUGCAGCGGCAUUUACAAUCGAAACGAGGCCAGGAUCAUUCGAGACAUCGGCGACCUCAUCGUCCCAUCUGCAGAAAACCUCGCAAAGCGGGGCGCAGGACAUUUGGAGCGCCUGGUAGAGAGCGUCAAUCAAACCUGGGACUGUUCUAUUGCCAUUACGACUACGCGACCGAAGCCAGACUUCUCAGUUGGUUUCCGCGAGAAAGCCUUCACGCAAGAGCAGUACAACAAGAUGAAGCCAUUCCUUGGUGAUCGCGACGAGCCAUCCAGUUACUUCAAGGCAACCUCGUACAUGUACUUUCCCUUCCUGACCAGCGAGGUGAAGGCUGGCAAUGCACCUCUUGACGUUGCCGACCGCCAGAACGCCCACAGCGCCGCCAUUGCAGUACGAGCGGUGGUGGAGCUGUUCCGGCUCGUCGGACGCGAAGAGGAGCUUCAUCGUGAAAUUCUUGCCUGGUCCGUCUCGCACCACGAUCGCAGCGUCAGGAUACAUGGAUACUUUGCCGACAUUGGCGGCCCAGAACCCACGUACCACCGCCACAUGAUCCGCGAUUUCGGUAUUAUGGACCAAGACGGGAAGGAGAAGUGGACAGCAUACCAGUUCACGAAGAACGUCUACGACAAUUGGAUGCCGGAGCACUUUGCUCGAAUCUCUUCCGCCAUUGACCAGAUUCCCGCCCACGUCAGCUUCUCCGUGUCGAAUUCUGACCUGCGCUUCCCCGAGCAGUCGGAAUCC